AUGUUCUUCAGCAAGAUAAUGAAAGAAGCUUCUGAUAUAAUGGGGUGUAUUAGCUCUAGAGUCAGACAUCUUGUCCAGCUUCAUUGCAAUACUGUGGAAGGGCAGAUGUUAAUCAAAUAUGUUAUCAUGAAUGCUAUAGCUCUUAGGAAAAUUCUUAAGAAAUACGACAAAGUGCACAACUCUGUAAGUGGCAUGAACUUCAGGUCUAAGCUGCAGGAUGAACACUUGGAGAUCUUACAAUCACCAUGGUUGAUUGAACUAGUGGCUUUUUAUAUGAAUUUCAGUGAAUCAAAUGAAAUGAUCUGCUAUGAGCUUUGUAGUUCUUUCUCUUAUGAUCUCAGUGUUAUAAUUUCAGAACCUGUAUUGAAAUUGGUGCUUCCAGAUUAUGUAAAAGGUUUUUCACAUGUUAACAUCAACACAUGGUUGGUUGUUUUACCUCAUAUCAUUGCAACAAUCCACUCAAAUAAUCAUGCUGUGAGAGAGUUGAUACAAUCUCUUCUCGUUCGCAUAGGACAAAGCCAUCCACAUGCUCUUAUGUACCCUCUUCUUGUCGCCUGUAAGUCAAUAAGCAAUUUGAGGAAGGUUGCAACUCAGGAAGUGGUUGACAAAGUGAGGAAACACAGUGGUCUGUUGGUUGAUCAGGUUUUAGAACCAUUGCAUGAAAUUCUUGAAGAAGGUGCCAAGAGAAACAACACAACCAUAAAAGAGAAAGCUUUUAUUCAGUCAGUUUCUCCAGAAUUAGUAGAGUGUCGUGACUUAGAGCUUACUGUUCCUGGAACUUAUUGGGCAGACACUCUCCUGCAAAUUCAAAAGGAAGAUGGCACAGGCAAGGAGUAUCCUUUGGGAGCUGCCCUUGAGCCCACCAAAAAUACUUUGAUUCAAGACAAUAUAAAACUCUUAUUGUUUUUUUUAUCAAGAGUUGGGAUUGAUAUUAAAGCUAAGAGACAUGAUGAUUGGUUGGAUACAUGA